GCGGGCCCCGGCCGGGCGGCGACUGCUGCAGCCCCGGUCGUCAGUCUGCCCGCGGCCUGCGGCUUCCUACUCCUCGUCCGCCGAGGCCCCGCGCGUUCGGGCGCUGGUCUAUGGGCACCACGGGGAUCCAGCCAAGGUCGUCGAGCUGAAGAGCCUGGAGCCGGCUGCUGUGGGAGGCUCAGACGUGCGUGUGAAGAUGCUGGCGGCCCCCAUCAACCCCUCCGACAUAAACAUGAUCCAAGGAAACUACGGCCUCCUCCCCAAGCUGCCUGCUGUCGGAGGGAACGAAGGCGUUGGACGGGUGGUGGCCGUGGGUGGCAGCGUGACCCGGCUGAAGCCAGGAGACUGGGUGAUUCCAGCGAACGCUGGUUUGGGCACCUGGCGGACUGAGGCUGUGUUUGGCGAGGAAGCCCUGAUCCGAGUUCCGAGCGACCUCCCUCUUCAGAGCGCCGCCACCCUGGGCGUCAACCCCUGCACGGCCUACAGGAUGCUGGCGGACUUCGAGCAGCUCCAGCCAGGGGACUCUGUCAUCCAGAAUGCGGCCAACAGCAGCGUGGGCCAGGCAGUCAUUCAGAUCGCCGCCGCCCGGGGCCUGCGUACCAUCAACGUGCUCCGGGGCAGACCUGACAUCCAGAAGGUGACUGACAGGCUGAAGGAUCUGGGGGCGGAGCACGUCAUCACAGAGGAAGACCUGAGGAAGCCUGAGACGGCAGACCUCCUGAAGGACGUCCCCCAGCCGCGGCUGGCUCUCAACUGCGUGGGAGGCAAGAGCUCCACGGAGCUGCUGCGGCACUUGGCGCCUGGAGGAACCAUGGUGACCUACGGGGGGAUGGCCAAGCAGCCCGUCGUAGCCUCUGUGGGCCUCCUCAUUUUUAAGGAUCUCAAACUCCGGGGCUUUUGGCUGUCCCAGUGGAAAAAGGACCACAGUCCAGCCGAGUUCCAGGCGCUGAUCCUCACACUGUGUGACCUCAUCGGCCGAGGCCAGCUCACAGCCCCUGCCUGCUCCGAGGUCCCAUUGCAGGACUACCAGCGAGCCUUGGAGUCCGCAGGGAAGCCCUUCAUGUCUUCAAAGCAGAUUCUCACCAUGUGACCGUCCAGGAGGCGGAUCAGCAGGACUGGUCCCAGGCCCCUCAGCCAGCGGCCUUCCCAAGACUGCUGGGCUCCUUAGACCUCUCCCGGCCCACUUUGGCUUUCCCCAGACAGCCAAGGGUGUCUAAUAAAGCCUGAACUUCCUAGAAUA